GGUGGCCAGAGUACUGGAGCUUCAGCUUCAGCAUCUGUCCUUCCAGUACGGGGGCGCCCGGCAUUGGGAGUGUGGAGUCUCAACCACUGGACCUCCAGGGAAGUCUCUGUCUCCUCAUUCUUCACCUCAUCUUCCCCAAAGGCUGCAGCUCCCAGGCAUGCCCAUGACUCCCGCCCUCUCUCCUCAGCCCCAGCAGUAGGCCAUACCUGUACAGCCAGAUACCAUUAGUCUUCACAUCUGCAUGUUGUAAUGGCCCCUGUAAGGACGUGGGUCCCAAAGUGAACUCGUGAGCAGCCGGUAGAAGCAUCUCUGAACCUGUGUCACCGGCCACCGUCUACCCCGUCUCUCUGUACAGUGGGGACCCCCAGAGUCCUUCCUUCCUCCCAGUGGGCAUCUCCUUUCUGAAGAGUCCACCUUGGGAACAUCCCUGCCCUUUCCACCUUCGUCUCUCCUGAUGGUGCCCAGCAGCCUUCUUUCUCCUCCUUUCAACCCACCCCACCAGUCUUUUCCAACAACUUUAAAUCUCAUUCCAAAGCCCCCUCCCAGACCCUUCACUGGCCCCUGUCUCUUAGGAAGUAAAUUCCCUCUACUUAAGCCUAGCUGCACAGUGAUUCAGAAAUUUGGGUAAAGAAAGAAUGGGUUUCCUCUGGUUUUGACCAGUGGAGAAUAAAUGGCCCAGUGCUCCAUGGGAUCCCAUUCUGGGGUUUUCUUUCGGAGUCUGGACACGGUGAAUCAUUGGGAGAACGUCUGGAGGUCAUGAUGAGGGUUGGGUUUCUAAAGCCACCUCACUCCCCGCCCCGCGUCCCCCAAAUCACACAAACACAAAUCCGAUCUGAAAUUUUCCGGGCUGGAUUCUCUAAAGGGACCCAGAGAGUUCGGGAAAUCCUGCUGCCUCUAGGACCUGGAGGAUCCGAGUGUGUCGGGGGUGGGGGGGGCGGGCGGGGAGGUUGACCCUCCCCGCCCCCGGCGGAGCCGGCGCCGGAACUGCCAAAGGGGAACUGGCAGACCUGCGCUGCAGGGGGCUGCGGCCGGCCGGGGUUGCCGCGGGGACGUGGGAUCCCGGCCGAGACCUCGGGGGACCGUCAGAGGCUGCCGAUCGAUCCUGGGGACGCUGGGCACUCCCCGUCCCCUUGCGGGACUUCCUUAGGAUUCGGAAUUUGCACGCGAUUCCCCAGUUAAGGCGAACUAAGGGCGCUCUCCAAGGAGGACGGACCCCAGGUCCCCCAAGAGUGCCUCUGCAGGGUCCUUAGGGUCCUCGAGGAGCCUGGAGGGAACCAACUUUUCGCGGGCCUGAGUGAGCUCCCCGCGUGCGCGUCUCCCCAACCCCGACCCUGCAGUCCACCCUCUUCUCCUCGUUGUCCCGGCCUUUGGUCCAGGCAAGGGUGGCGAGGGCUGGAGCCCUGAGGCGCGCGCGGGCCGGGCAGCCCGGACGAUCGCACGCGGAGCGGUCCGCAGCGUCCCCGGGAGCAGGCGCGGGGACCGCGGGCUAAGGUCUGUCCUGAGAGAUCGGGAGCGGCGGUCGGGGUGGGUGCUGCGGGAGGGCAGGCCCGAGAAGUGGGAGGGGACAGGUUGAGGGGUGGUCUCUGAGGAGGAGCCUGGCUGGACUGUAUUGUUCGCCACUCGGCCGCCCGGAGCGCGCGGCUCUGGCCGAGGAGGGCGCGUGGGGCGCUUCACUCCCCAGGUUCACCGGUCCCCAGCGCCCCGCGCUCUCCAGCGCGCCCCGAGACAACCGUGCGCAGAAGCCCGGAGCCGAAGGCCCCGCGAUGGCCUUGGGACGCAGCCGCAGGGAACCGCCGCGAAGACACCGAGGGGCCCCUCCCUAGCGGCGCGCAGACUCCUCCGAGGGCCCCCCUCCCACCCGCGGGAUGGGGGGCGGAGGGUCUGCCCUGAGGGUCUGCGCCGACCACCGCGGGGGCAUCAACUGGCUCAGCCUGAGCCCCGACGGACAGCGCCUGCUGACGGGCAGCGAGGACGGCACGGCCCGGCUCUGGAGCACCGCGGACGGCACGUGCUGCGCCCUCCUGCAAGGACACGAGAGCUACGUGACCUUCUGCCAGCUGGAGGACGAGGCCGCCUUCACCUGCAGCGCCGACUGCACCAUCAGGAAGUGGGAUGUGCUGACCGGGCAGUGUCUGCAGGUGUUCCGGGGACACACGUCCAUUGUGAACAGGAUCCUGGUCGCUGACAACCAGCUCUUCAGCAGCUCCUAUGACCGGACGGCCCGCGCCUGGAGCGUGGACAGGGGGCAGGUGGCCCGGGAGUUCCGGGGUCACCGCAAUUGUGUGCUGACCCUGGCCUACGCCGGGGCCCCCUGUGUGGAGGAAGCGGUGGCUGGGGGCCUCCUGGUGACAGGCAGCACGGAUGCCACGGCCAAGGUGUGGCAAGUGGCCAGCGGCUGCUGCCAUCAGACACUGCGGGGCCACACGGGCGCCGUGCUCUGCCUGGUGCUGGACGCGCCGGGCCGCACGGCCUUCACGGGCAGCACGGAUGCCACUGUCCGCGCCUGGGACAUCCUGAGCGGCCAGCAGCUGCGCGUGUUCCGGGAGCACCAGGGCUCCGUCAUCUGUCUGGAGUCUUUUCCAGCAUCGGGGUCUUUUCCAGUGAGAUGGCUCUUCGCAUCAGGUGGCCAAAGUAUUGGAGUUUCAGCAUCAGUCCUUCCAAUAAAUGUUCAGGCUGGUAAACCGGCACGUGUACUCGGGCAGCGCCGACAGGACGGUCAAGUGCUGGCUGGCAGACACCGGCGAGCGCGUGCGCACGUUCACGGCCCACAGACACAGCGUGAGCGCCCUCAAGUACCACGCGGGCACCUGACAGGGCAAGCUGACCCGAAGCCCAAGGGCGGUGGGCCGCCUCAGCCCUGCAGAGCCGGCUGCGGUCCACAUGGGGCGCCCGGGUCCCCGGCUCCCCACGCUGACCUUGAGGGAGUCGUACUAAAGAUAGUGAAGUGUUCACCGGCAGCGGGGACGCCCGCGCGCGCGCCUUCGACGCCCAGUCCGGAGCGCUGCGGAGGGUGUUCCGCGGCCACGCCUUCGUCAUCAACUGCAUCCAGGGCGGGCCGCGUACAGGCGAGCCCGGAGCCUCGGGAGGAGCCGGGUGGGGGCGGCGGGGCGCCCCCCGCUGCCGGCCGCCCACUCCCCGCGCCCGCAGGUGCACGGCCAAGUGCUCUACACCGCCUCGCACGACGGCGCGCUGCGCCUCUGGGACGUUCGCGGCCUCCCGCCGCCGCGCGCCGCCGCCCCCAAGCGCAGCCUCUCGCGACUCUUCAGCAACAAGCCCCUCCGCUGGUGCCCAGUCCACAUCCAUGGUGCCCUCCAGGCCUGGCCCCGGCUGGCCGCUGUUGCAGGAAGAGGAAAUGCUGCAGAAGACAGAGUCCGCCCUUGAAAGCUGAAAAGUUAAAGUGAAGUUGCUCAGUCCUGUCCGACUCGCUGCGAUGCUAUUUCUUGUAGCCCAGCAGGCUCCUCCGUCUGUGGGAUUUUCCAGGCAGGCAAGAAAUCUGGAGUGGGUUGCCAUUUUCUUCUCCAGGGGCUCUUCCCCACCCCUGGGAUGGAACUCAGGUCGUCCACAUUGCAGGCAGACUCUUGACCCUCUGAGCCACCAAGGAAUCCCCUUGAGAACUGAGCACCUUGCUAAAGGUGAGCCUCCCCAGGCAGAGGCAGCCCCUGAUGCAGAGAGGUGUCUUGAUGCCAGAUGCAGCCCGGGGUGCCCAGGUCCAUGCCUGGUGGGUAAGGACGCUGACCCUCUGGCCACAUGAACAGAUAACAGUACUGACUCCAGGGGUGGUAGAAAGCAUGGUGCUACCUCUGACUGUGCUCUGCGCCACACCCCCAAACUCUGGGAAGCCACGGGCCUUGCCAGAACAGGCUGGCUGGUGAGAAGGACCCGCAGAAGCAGCAUCACCCCACCUUCUUCAGGUGGGACGCGGCACCCAGGAGAGGUGAGGGGUCCCUGGGCGCUGCCCGCCGGGUCUGGGAGCUCUCACUUCCUAGCGGUUUUCCAGGGCCUGAGGCUGCAGCUGCCAAGGACAGGCCCUCCCAGUCCUGAGGGGCUUUCCGGGAAGCUGAAGUUCAUUCCAGGGAGAGCGGGCAGAGAGAACCCCCUUGAGUACCUGCGCUGAUGUUUAUAGUCACCUUCUCGGACUGCGUUGCUGGCAGAGGCAGCGUGAGUGACCAGAUGCUCACUCCUUGGUGCUCACAGCUGCUGCUGCUUUCCUGCCUGGACACCGUGCACACACGGCGUCUUAUCCAACCACAUGCAUCUUCCCUCACUCUACCCUGAGAAACAGCCCCUGGGCGCAAAUCCUACAGUGGGCUGCAGCAUUCGUUUUCCUCCAGCCUCCCUCUCCAAGAGUUAGAAAUGGAAAACUAUUUUGCAUGUGUACAGCAUGAUAUAUUUGGGUAAAUUUUAUUUCAGUAAUUUGUGUGUGUGUGCACAUGCUCUCCUUGGUUUGGGCAUCAGGGUGAUGGUGGCCUCAUAGAAUGAGUUAGUCUGGAGGUGUUCCUUCCUCUGCAGGAACAGUUUGGAAUAGUUUCUGAAGGAUGGGCUUAACUCGUCUCUAAAUGUUUGGUAGAAUUCGCCUGUGAAGCCAUCUAUCUCCUCAUGGACUUUGUUCAGUGAGUUCAGUUGCUCAGUUGUGUCCGACUCUUUGCGACCCCAUGGACUGCAGCACACCAGGCUUCUCUGGCCUUCACCAUCUCCCGGAGCUUGCUCAAACUCGUGUCCAUUGAGUCAUGAUGCCAAAAACAUUUGGUUGGGUGUUUUUAAAAUCGCAGAUCCAAUUUUAGCGCUUGUAACCAGUCUGUUCGUAUUUUCUGCUUCUUCCUGGCUCAGUCUUGGGAAGCUGCACCUGAGAGGCUGUGCGGCUCUCCUGCACCUGAGAGGCUGUGCGGCUCUCCUGCACCUGAGAGGCUGUGCGGCUCUCCUGCACCUGAGAGGCUGUGCGGCUCUCCUGCACCUGAGAGGCUGUGCGGCUCUCCUGGACUCUCCGUUUUAUUGCUGUGCAGUUGUAGUCGUCUCUUACGGUCCUUUGAACUUCUGUAACUUUUCCUUUUUCAUUUCUAAUUUUUACUGAUUUGGGCCCUCUCCCCUUUUUUCUUGAUGAAUCUGGCUAAAGGUUGAUCAAUUUUAUUGAGUAAUUUUCAUUUCAGCAGCCUAAGGCGGCUUUGCUAGAUGUUGAGGAAGCUAUAAAGACCAGAUAACCACA